ACAUGAUUUGCAAAUUUCAUUGAUAAAAUGUCUUCCAUAGCUUAGAUGCUUUCUCAGGCUGUAGGAAUAGUUUUAGGUGUGCACGCAUGCUUCUUACCUUUUCUUUGGUGCUUUAAGAGCGCACCUUUUUGUCCUUCUACCAGCACCACAGUUUCUACUUUCAUAAAAAUCUGCAAUGAUUUCGUUGCAAGUCAAAGAAUUUCACCUGAUCGAGUGAAAGUUGUUGACCUUGGAAGUGGAAGUGGAACUGUUCUAUUUGCAGCAGCCAAGCAGGGGUUUUGUUCUGUUGGUUACGAAAGAAAUCCUUGGCUUGUUGCUUGGACCAGGGCAAAAAUAAAAACUCAAGGACUAUCUUCCCUUGUGAGGAUCUAUCGACAAUCUUUGUUUUCCGCUGACCUAUCUGACGUGAACAUUGUUUAUUUCUUUGCAGUACCUUCCAUGCUUUCUGAUUUAGUUAGUAUCUUUAUUAUAUUGAGUUGCUUUAUAGACAUUCUUUAGGAAAGAAAGUUAGAUGAUGAUUU